AUCCAACCCGUACCAAACCAACCUGCUUCGAGACAGUGUGCGGAGGUACCUGCAACUGCCGGCAGACCAGACAGUAUUGAUACUGCAUGCCAAAGUUGCACAGAAGUCAUACGGCAAUGAAAAAAGGUUUUUCUGCCCCCCACCUUGCGUUUACCUGAGUGGGCCAGGAUGGAAGUUAAAACAGGAGCAGAUAAAAGCCAGGGACCUGGGAGAGGACAGUUUUCAGGUGUGCGGGUAUAUGGGGCUGGACAGCAUGGGAAGCAGCCUGAUGGAGACCCAGAAGCUCAGCUUCGAGGAGCAGCCAGAUGCGAAGGGGUUCGGCUGCGCCAAGGCGCUGUACAUCUCGGAUGCAGACAAGCGCAAGCAUUUCCGCCUGGUCCUGAAGCUCUUCUUCAGCAAUGGGCAGGAGAUUGGCACUUUCCACAGCAAGCUGAUCAAGGUCAUCUCCAAGCCCUCGCAGAAGAAGCAGUCGCUGAAGAACACGGACCUCUGCAUCUCCUCGGGCUCCAAAGUCUCCCUCUUCAACCGCCUGCGCUCCCAGACCGUCAGCACCCGCUACCUCUCUGUCGAAGGGGGAGCCUUCAUCGCCAGUGCCAGGCAGUGGGCAGCCUUCACCCUCCACCUGGCCGAUGAGUGCUGCACCUGGAGUGAGUUCUCCCUGCAGGAAGGGUAUAUCCGCUACGGCUCUGUGGUCCAGCUUGUCUGCACAGCCACCGGCGUCACCCUGCCUCCCCUGAUCAUCCGGAAGGUGACGAAGCAGUGCGCCAUGCUGGACGUGGACGAGCCCAUCUCCCAGCUCCACAAAUGUGCCUUCCAGUUCCAGGGCAGCGACCGCAUGUACCUGUGUCUCUCCAUGGAGAAAGUGAUCCAGUUCCAGGCAUCUCCCUGCCCAAAGGAAGCCAACCGGGAGCUGCUGAACGACGGCUCCUGCUGGACCAUCAUUGGCACCGAGACAGUGGAGUACACCUUCAGUGAGAGCCUGUCCUGCAUCCACGAGCCCGUCAGCCCUGUGCCACUCAUCACUGCCCUGCAGCUCACAGGUGGCGGGGAUGUGGCCAUGCUGGAGGUGCAGGGGGAGUAUUUCCAUGCACACCUCAAAGUCUGGUUCGGAGAUGUGGAAUCAGAGACUAUGUACAGGUAA